AUGCAGAAGCUCUUGGAUGACUGCAAUGGCUAUCACAAUGACUAUUUUCAACCCAGUUUGUAUACCAUUAUUGCAAAUAUUCUUGUUUUGAUCACAAAUCCAGUGUAUCCAGUUUGGUGUGCAUUUCAUGCCUUGUGGAGUGCAAGAGUUGGAUGCCAGAGUGGCAAAUACUGGGAAGGCAUUGCAGACAGAUUGAAAUCCAAUGAUUCUUUGAGGGUGGCUGUAUUUGAUUUUGGUUCGUCAAUUUACGUGAACGUGAGCACAAUAGCAUGGUGUUUGGCAGGUGAGGAUGGAAGACAGAUAUUUGCCACUGAAGUGUUGCUCCCAAGGUGGCUUGUACUAGGUACUUCAUUGAGAAUUGCAGCAGCACGGGACUUGCAUCCAAAAGAUUGGAAGGAUUUGGUUGGUCAAGUGAACGACUACUGUGAUUCUCGUGGUCCCUACAGUGGCUGUUGCCGCUUCGCUGGCAACAGAGAACGAGCAUGUGCGAAAGGUUCACCAAAGGAGCCUGUUGAUGAGCAAUCUAGGGACCAUGUCAGCAUAUUUUCCGAGCACACCCUCCAAAGAAUCCUUAUUGUGCUCAAAGUUCCCAAGAUGCAGUCGGUUUACUUUCGCGUGUUUGAGUCGGAAAUCGAAUACGAAUCCAUGUUGCUGUCAGAACGCCUAUGUCACCUUGCACACAAGUCCUUGCUGCGCCACCUCCGUCGUAUCCAGGCCUUCCCAACUGAACUGGAGAUGAGAAUUGAUCCCACAGACUCUACAAACCCUACAGAGGAUAUUAUAUCAAAGGAUUUUAUGUCAGUGUAUCGCACGGCGUUUGAAAAUAAAAAGAUGCCGUUGGUGGUGCUGGCAGAGCAGAUGCUGGUUGGCUGGCCAGCUGUUCAAAAAGGUCCACUCCACUACAUCGGUAUCGCAGCACGUCUUCUUCUGAUCUUGCUGUCAAUUGCCUUGUUCGUUUUUGGGGCGCUCUUUCCCGGUUUGCUACGACGCGGAGGGGGAGGAUCGUUCCUGCCCCACAACACAUGGUGCAAAGUUGUGGCAGUCAUCUUCAUGCUUACUCUUGGACAGACAGGCUGGCUGUUGGGCUGUGUCGCCCCUACGCAAUUGCAGAUGCUUUUCUCUAGUAUGGCCAGGUCCUUUAGGGUGCUUAAUUCGAUGUUGAUGGGGAAGCGUGCUGCCCAAGCAGAGUGCGUUCCCUACAUACGCGUAUGCAAUAUUGAUGACAUAGUAGCCUGGUACGAGCUGUAUGCCUUGUUCAUUGGAAGUGCUAGACGCGUGAAGUUUCCCUUGGAGGUUGGUUUUGCACAUAAUGUUUUGACCGUCGUGGGCAUGUCGUCAUUGCUCGUCUGGCAUGGUAUCGAUCCUCUGUGGCAGCCUGGAGUCUUGUUUGGUGCGACCAUGGUCUUCUUCAUCGCGUUUUUGGUUUUCUCAGUGCCUCCUUUGCUUGUGGGUCUCAGGGCGAACAUGUUGGGCCGGGAAACCAUCAACCUCCUUUGGGGGCAUGCGACCGAAUCACGGGCAUACCUUCACAAGCUGGAGAGGGAACUUGGCAAGGCCAAAACUUUAGGAACAAAACGUGAGCUCACAGCAAAGAUCAAAGAAGCCAAAUCAGCGAUUGAUCUGACCGUUGACAUUGCCCAGCGACUGAGAUUGGAUUCUGCCUUAGUGAUUAGAACCUUGGGGAUGGAGUUGACCAUGGCACAAUUCACCGCAAUCGCAUCCCUGGCGUCUACUGCGCUGAUCUACGCCUUCAACAACCGGCAUGUCAUCGAAAAGAAACUCGAGGUGGUGGGUGGUUUAGAGAGCAUUUGGCCAGAUGAUGUGGACUUUUGCUUGGGGAAGAGGAUGAGCUGCAUCAAGGCAUCACUUUAUCCUCGGUUUUGCUGGCUUAUGUGA